CACAAGAAGACGAUUUUGUAUUCUUGUUUCCAAACUGAAUCUGAGAUGGGCGAGCCACUAGGACUGCUCCAGGUGACUGUUAUUCAAGGAAAGAAACUGGUGAUCCGAGAUUUCAAGUCAAGUGAUCCUUAUGUGAUUGUCAAAUUAGGAAAUGAGUCAGCCAAGACCAAAGUGAUCAACAAUUGCCUGAAUCCAGUGUGGGAUGAGGAACUCAGCUUUACACUGAAAGAUCCUACAGCAGUUCUCGCAUUGGAAGUGUUUGAUAAAGAUAGGUUCAAGGCGGAUGACAAGAUGGGUCAUGCCUCUCUCAGCCUUCAACCGCUUAUCUCAGUUGCUAGACUAAGACAUGUAGUCCGCGUUUCCUCUGGCGAGACAACGCUUAGGAAAGUGUUACCGGAUCCAGAGAACUGCGUAUCUCGGGAGAGCACAAUCAGUUGCAUAGACGGAGAGGUGGUGCAGAGCGUGUGGCUGAGGCUGUGUGCUGUUGAAUCGGGUGAGAUUGAGUUGAAGAUAAAGUUGAUUGAUCCUCCUGGAACAAACAAGUAGCAAUAGGGUAUUUUAUGUUAGUCUGUAACACGAGACCGUUUGUCUAGUAUAAUUGCAACAUCAGUAUGGUCUUGUCUUGUUUCCCAGUGUGCCUUUGUGACCACUCACACCAAUUUAUUAGGAAUCUUUGAGAUACGUUAUGCUGCUCUCAUCCCUUAGCUUGUUCCAUUUAUCCUUGUGUGUACAUUUUGAGUGUAUUGAUGGAAACUCCAGGUAAACUACCAUAAAUGGCAGAUUCUCAU